CCUAAUAACCUACAGCCUGUUGGCGUGCGUUGGCUUGCAAGCGGGUUUUAUUUCCUAUCUUUGUUCGCGACGUAUUAGAUCAAAUUUGUGAAAAAUGGAUAAGCUAAAUAGCGCUGGGCGCUCAAGAGGGCGCGGCCGGGCCACUAAUCCUCAACAGCCUCGUGGCGAUGCUCGAAACAGAAGAGUUGGUCAACAGGGUGAAACUUCUCGGGCACCAGGUCAGCAGGGUGAACCUUUGCGGGCACCGGGUCCGCCAAGAGGUUACCCUACCACAGCUCCCACUACGUCUGCUUGGGGGCAACCUUUGCCUGCAUCUCGUGGUUCAGCUGUAGCCCGAGGUUCCACUGUUCCGCAACAGCCAAGCUGUAGUACUGCACCAAUUCAACAACGUCCCGCUGCACCAGUUAUGCAAGGACGAGCAACAACGCAUAGGGAAAUUCCAGUAGGAGAAGCACCGGUUGUAAGGGAAGACACUCGUGGAGCAGUGCGAGGAAAGCGUGUUUUAACUGAAGUAAUAGCAUCGCGUCCAGCUACCUGUGAAAACAAAUCUGGAAAAACUGGUAAGAAAGUGGUAAUUCAAACCAACUACUUUCGCGUGUUAAAAAAACCACAGUGGUCUAUUUACCAAUAUCGCGUGGAUUUUGCUCCCGAUAUAGACAUGGUGCGUUUAAGACGUGCUUAUUUGUAUCAUCAUAAAGAUCUUUUUGGCGGAUACAUAUUCGAUGGCACUGUUUUGUUUUGCGCAAAGUACUUGGAAAACAAGCAAAUGGAACUCUUGACUAAAAACCGCGAAGGGGAAACUAUUCAAAUAAAAAUCAAGCACGUCGGGCAGUUGGAAGUGACUGAUGCACAACAGCUGCAGGUGCUAAAUCUUAUUUUACGCCGCGCUAUGGAAGGUUUAAAUUUACAACUUGUUGGACGAAGUUUCUUUGACCCGAAAGCAAAGCAUUCCCUAGACAGCUAUUGUCUCGAACUAUGGCCAGGAUAUCAGACUUCUAUACGUCAGCAUGAGAACGACAUCCUUUUAUGUGCUGAGAUUGCACAUAAGGUCAUGCGCACUGAUACAGUGUAUAAAAUUUUGCAGGAAUGCUUCGAUAAGCCCGAUUACCAAAAUGUUUUUAAACGAGAAGUCGUGGGAACCAUCGUGCUCACGGACUACAAUAAUAAAACUUAUCGAGUUGAUGAUGUAGAUUUCAACUCGUCACCAAUGUCCAAAUUUUCAACCAAAGACGGCGAAAUUUCUUACAUGGAGUACUAUAAAAAGAGAUACAACAUUCAUUUGAAGGACGCAAAACAACCCCUUUUGGUCUCUCGCCCAACUGAACGUAAUAUACGUGGUGGCCAGAAUGAAUUCAUAAUGCUGAUUCCGGAACUAUCGCGUUCAACCGGCCUUACAAACGCUAUGAGAAGUAACUUUAGAUUGAUGAGAGCCAUGAGUGAAUUCACCCGCUUGGCUCCCGAAAGACGUAUUGAGCGACUGAAGGUAUUCAAUAGGCGUUUGAACCAGGCACCCGAAAGUGUGGAACUCUUAAAUUCUUGGAGUAUGCGACUGGACACAAACCUCGUCGAAGUACCUGGACGAAUCAUACCGAGCUGCAAAAUUGUGUUUGGAAAUAAUAAACGCUAUGAGUGCAACGAUUACGCCGACUGGACCCGGGAGUUCAGAAAUAACGCUAUGUACAAAAACGUUGACAUGAAAAGGUGGUAUGUUAUUGCACCAGGUCGCAAUUUGCGAGAAGUUCAAAACUUUGUGCAGAUGUGCAUAAGAGCAGCCAAUGGUAUGCAAAUGGGUAUUGCAGAGCCUCGGUAUCAACAAAUGAACGACGAUCGCGCUGGUACAUAUUCACAAGCCAUCAACACUGUUGCUGCUGAAGAUCCUCAGCUAUUGAUGGUGGUUCUGGUAAGCGCUCAUGAAGAGAAAUACAGUUGCAUCAAAAAGAAGUGUUGCGUUGACCGUCCAGUACCCUCUCAAGUCGUAACACUGCGCACGAUUGCCCCUCGUGGAGACAAAGCAUCCGGUUUGAUGUCUGUGGCCACUAAAGUUGUGAUCCAGAUGAACGCAAAACUCAUGGGAGCACCCUGGCUGACCGAUAUUCCAAUAUCUGGUCUCAUGACAGUUGGUUUUGAUGUUUGCCAUUCAGCAAAAGAGAAAAAUAAAUCGUAUGGAGCAUUGGUAGCCACAAUGGACUUGAAAUCAAAACCGCAUUACUUCUCUGCGGUUUCGCAACAUAUGAAGGGCCAGGAGCUUUCGAACGAAAUAGGCAUGAAUAUGACUUAUGCUCUCAAAGCAUAUCGAAAUGAGCAUGGUAUGUUACCAAGGAAAAUCCUCUUCUAUCGUGACGGAGUCGGCGAUGGACAACUACAUCAAGUUUUCCACACUGAAGUUAAGUUUUUGAAAGAAAAAUUGGAUGAGAUAUACAAAAACGCAGGCGAACCUGGGCCCUGUCCCAUGGCUUUUAUAGUCGUUUCGAAGCGCAUUAAUACUCGCUACUUUAUUAAUGGCAGAAAUCCGCCGCCCGGCACUGUGGUUGACGAUAUUAUCACUUUGCCUGAACGUUACGACUUCUUUUUAGUUUCGCAAUCUGUAAACCAGGGCACUGUUUCGCCUACAAGUUACAAUGUGAUAUAUGACACCAUGGGACUGGAUGCCGACAAAAUACAAAUGUUGACUUACAAAAUGACCCAUUUGUAUUACAAUUGGAGUGGUACCUGUCGGGUGCCUGCAGUGUGCCAAUAUGCACACAAACUUGCAUUCCUCGUUGCUGAAAGUCUUCAUCGUUUGCCGAACAACGCAUUAGAAAAGCAACUCUAUUUCCUUUAAAAUGUUUAUAUUGAGGUAAUUUUUUUUUAUAUAGAUAUAGAUUUUAUAUAUUUGAUGCUAUAUGGGAUAAUUUCUUAAAUUACCAAUGUUUAUAGAUAAGUUCAACUCCAAAAUUGUACGUUCAUUUAUUCGCAUUGAAUUGCAUUUUAUUUUUUUUUACGUAUGCACUCGUACGGAUAAACAUUUAUUGAA